AUGUUGAAACCAUACACUGCUAUUAUCCUCGCACGCCAACUGUUUGAUUAUAUGUUCAUUAGAAUUUUUGUUGCUGAAGAAACAGGAUCGGCUGAAGAACUAGCAGCGCUGAAGGAUGAAGAAGGGCUGUUUCGAUGUGCAUCGUGCCUGCUAAGGCAAUAUUCUUUCUCACCUCUCUCGCUGCUACUUUUGCUGCUGCUCUGUAAACAGACUUUUUCAUCAAAAUAG